AUGCAAACUAGCACGGCACACGGGAAACAGUCCUCUGGUGGCGCCGGAAGGGAGGGGCACAAUUCCUACAACCGGAGCUCCACCCCAGAAGACAGAUAUGCAGACCGAGAAUGUGCUCCCCGGGCUAGAGACUACUCUGAUCACAGCCAGGCCGACUAUGAGCGUUCUAGAACCGGAUGCCCUUAUGAUGACAGCACGGAAUCACCAAGUCCGGACCUAGAAAAACGCAGAGAAAGAGAGAGAGAUGCAGGUCAUCGGAAACGGUCCCGGAAAUCCCCAUCUCCUGAAAGAAGAAGCCCAGGCCGAGGAGUGACCCAGUAUUCUACUCAGGAAGAACCUCCAGCGAAGAAAACGAAGAGGGAUGAGCUGGACCCGCUGCUCACCCACCCCGGGGGAGCAUAUAUUCCUCCCGCAAAGCUCAGGAGGAUGCAGGAACAGAUUACAGAUAAAAGCAGCUUAGCAUAUCAGAGGAUGAGUUGGGAGGCUCUGAAGAAAUCAAUCAAUGGUCUCCUCAACAAGGUCAACAUCUCCAAUGUAAGUAUCAUUGUCCAAGCGCUCCUUCAAGAGAACAUAGUCAGAGGGAGAGGAUUGCUGUGCAGAUCUGUUCUGCAAGCACAGAGGGCUUCUCCAAUCUUCACUCACGUCUAUGCAGCGCUGGUGGCAAUAAUCAACUCAAAAUUCCCACAGAUUGGAGAACUGACGCUCAAGAGACUAAUUCUUAACUUCCGGAAAGGCUAUCGAAGGAAUGAUAAGCAACUCUGCCUGACUGCUUCAAAGUUUGUGGCACAUCUUUUUAACCAAAAUGUGGCUCAUGAGGUUCUGGGCCUGGAGAUGCUCACUUUGCUCCUAGAGAGACCAACGGAUGACAGUGUUGAAGUGGCUAUCGGCUGCCUCAAGGAGUGUGGUCUCAAAUUAACCCAAGUGUCACCAAGGGGGAUCAAUGCAAUCUUUGAAUGCCUGCGAACCAUUCUACACGAGUCUGAGAUGGACAAAAGGGUUCAGUACAUGAUUGAAGUGAUGUUUGCUGUACGGAAGGAUGGAUUCGAGGGCCACCCUGUUAUUCUGGAAGGACUCGAUUUAGUGGAAGAGGACGAUCAGUUGACACAUAUGCUCCCCCUGGAGGAUGACUACAGUCCAGAAGAUGUUCUUAAUGUUUUCAAGAUGGAUCCUCAUUUUAUGGAGAAUGAAGAGAAGUACAAGGCUAUUAAAAAAGAAAUCCUUGAUGAAGGAGACAGUGAUUCAAACACAGACCAAGAAGCUGUAACGAGUGAAGAGGAGGAAGAGAAUGAGAAUGAGAAUGAGAAGGAGAAGUAG